AUGCCCGCGCCCACAAACACCCUUCUGAUCGAAGGGACGUUCAGUGAACUUGCAGAAGAACUCGCUCAGUACAUCGAUUCUCUCGCCAAAUCGGAAGAAGGCGCCGGAGUCCAGGCAGAGAUUGAACAGCUGCUCAGCGCUAUCAGAGAGUCCGAGCAGUCGCAAGAGCCGGUCGACGAGGCCGCAGUUCAGACCCAGAAAAAUGAAGUGUUGAAAAAGAUCGUGACCAAAGCCUCAGUCCUCAACAGCGCCCCCGAGAGAGAAUUCUCAGCAGCGUACAAUCUCCUCAUCAGCCUCUCCUCUCAAUCCUCCAUCUCCGACGGACUGUUUUCGAGAAUAUGCACGUAUUUGUCCGAGCAACCCGUUACUUCCUCCCCCACGUACGGCAGCAGCCUCGCCCUGCAAACCCUGACUACGAUAUUCAACGUCCUGCCACCUACGAGCGAAUCCCGCUACCAUGUCUUCCUUGCCAUCCUCAAAGUCAUGCGCCAGAUGACGUCCCCGCAGGCCUUUGAAGCCCUCGUCCCUCAACUCGAGACGAACAUCCCUAAUUGGCUGUCCGCGUGGGAACUCGACGACGACGAUGCCCGCAAUCUCUACGUCACGAUUGCCGACGUGGCUUCCGCGACAGGAAACGAAGACCUCCACUACACAUACCUCCUGUCUGCCCUGCAGACCAUUCCUCCCGAAUCGGCGUCUGAGGCGGAGAGCGCAGAACUCGCACGACGUGCUCUGCGGGUGGCACUGACAAACCCCACCAUCACGGACUUUACGCCCUUGACCACGAGCGACGCCGUCGUCGCAUUGCGGCGGUCAGAUGGCAACCUCUUUGACCUCUUGGAGAUCUUCUCCUCGGACGACUACUCGUCCUACGCCGACUUCCUCGAAACGAACAACCUUGCAGACUUGGGUAUCCCCGAUUCCGCAGCCGAGACCCUGAGCCACAAGAUCCGCCUCCUUACACUGGCCACCAUCGCUGCAUCCUCAACGACCCGCUCCGUCCCUUACAGCACCAUCGCAUCUGCCCUGCAGAUCCCCUCUGAAGACGUCGAGAUGUGGGUCAUCGACACCAUCCGCGCCGGUCUCGUCGAGGGCAAGCUCUCGCAACUGAAGCAAGAGUUCCUGGUCCAGAGAGCCACCUACCGCGUGUUCGGGGAGAAGCAGUGGGCCGAGAUCCAAGGGCGGCUGAUGGUCUGGCGACGCAGUCUGGAGAGUGUGUUGACCGUCGUCCGGGGCGAGAGAGAGAAGUUCUUGAGAGAAGGCCCCAUGACUAAUGGAGACAACGCGGGCGGUGUCAAUGGUUACGGCGGAGGCGAUGGAGAGGGCCGAGAAGGCCAAAGAACUGGAGGAGGGGAACGCCACCAGCAGCAGAGAAGACAGGGUGGCGGCGGUCGGGAUGGUGGUGGCCGUGGACCGCGUCGUGAGAGGGGAGAUCAGCAGCAGCAACAACAACAACAAGGACCUCGAGAGAUUGAAGUGGGCGGCGGAGAUUAG